UUCUUGAGCCACUGCAGACUACAAAAUGACGGUCAAGAGCUCCACUGAAGGUCAAAGCAGCAUUCAUUUGGAUAUUCCUCAGCUUCAGAAGAAAAAUGACACCGUCAUUUCACCUGCCACAAUGUUUGAGCCACAAAAUAGUGCUGGUACGAGAGACAGAAGUAGCGGAAACUCUGUUUCCCCCACGCUGCCAGCUGUUUCCGCCCCGGAGAAAAAGCUGACACUGUUUGCUCUCCGCCUUGCAGUUCUUGAAAAAACGGCCACUGGCCUGGGAACCCUUGGUUUCAUCUGGGCGACGGUUGUACUUCUGGGGGGCUUUGCCAGUACCCUAGACAAAACCGACUUCUGGUUCAUCACCAUCAUUUUAUUAAUUGAAGGAGCUCGAAUAUUCAGCAGAAGUCAUGAGCUGGAAUGGCAACACCAGUCCACAAGGUCAAUAGCUGAAGCUGGAGUUAGCAGCUUCCGAAUGCUCAGAUCAAGCCCUAGAGCUCUAGCUGAAUCCAUGAAGGUUAUGUUAAGCCCUGUAAGCUCUGCUACAAGGAAGCAAAGUCAACAGAGCAGGGAAAUUUCCGAAACUACAGAUGCAACAAACGUUAGAGAGCAGGAAUUGAGAUGGAAGCUGACCCGGAUAUGGACUUCUUCCGAAGUUCCUAUUGUACCUUAUGCAGGGAGAGUUUUCCUUUCGAGAAACGUGAGCAAGAUUCUCUAUUGGCUUCAGCUCUUAUCUGCAAUAGCCUGCGCUGUGCUUUCAUUGAUGAAGCUCAUCAAGCGCAAUUUUGGUGACAUUGCUGAAAAGGACACUGACGAGAGGAACGCGAAAGCUGCUCUGUAUAUCUUUUAUGGCUUGGCUUUGGCAGAAGCUUUGGUCGUCCUGACAGAGAAACUUUACUGGGAGUGGAAGGUUGUCAUCUGUAAGCUUCUCGAACGAGUGAACGAGGAAUGCGAUCUGGGGGCUUCAGGUAUGAACUCGACUCAGAGAUUUUUCUACGACUCCUAUUGGAGAUGUAUUAAUGGUAGCAUUUUUGAUGGCCUGGGAAUGGAUAUGGUGACUUUUGCUAUGGAUCUCUUAUGUUCAAACUCGCUGGAUGAGCAGCUGAUAGGAGCCAGGAUUCUUCACCAGUUUUCUACGAAAGAACGGUUUUCAGAUGACACGCUUCAGAAGAUAGGAACAACUCUGCCAGUUAUAGAGAGACUGGUGGAGAUCUUAAACUGGGAAGACCCACAAGAGGAAGAAAUCAGGGUAUCAGCUGCAGAAAUAGUUUCCAAAUUAGCCGGGAAAAAGCAGAACUCCCUUCGGGUCGCUGGGAUACCUGGGGCAAUGGAAUCAAUAUCAUCUCUUCUACAGACAAACAGAAGCCCCAGUUCCACAGCAGAUGGAAUUAGAGAAAAGAAAAUCGUCUUUGACCAUGAGGACUAUGGACACUGGACUUUCAUUAAUGUGGGGCUACUCAUUCUGAAGAAACUAGCCCGUGAUCAUGAUAAUUGUGGAAAAAUUGGAAACACAAGGGGCCUUCUUUCCAAAAUCAUAGAUUUCACUCAUGCUGACGAAAGAAUAUUGAAGGACUCAACCGUUACCACAUCGCAAGUUUUGACCGUCAAAAGAUCCCUUCAGGUUAUAAAGAUGCUGGCAAGCACAACAGGUACCACAGGGAAAAAUCUGCGGAGAGAGAUCUCAGAGAUAGUCUUCACCAUAAGCAACAUAAGAGAUAUUCUACGACACGGAGAGAAACAACCAGAACUGCAGAAACUAGGAAUUGAGAUCCUUACCAGUUUAGCACAGGAUAAUGAUGCGACAGAGCGUAUAGGAGGGACUGGUGGAGUUCUGAAAGAACUGUUAAAGAUUUUCUUCCAAGAAGGAGUGCUGGAAAAUCAAAGGGAUGUGAGGAUUGUGGCCGGAGAAGCCCUGGCAAUGCUGGCUUUUGAAAGCAAGAGCAACUGUCAACGCAUCUUGAAGUUAAAUGUAGUGGAGAGGCUCCUAAACGUGUUGGAGAUUCCGGUUCUUGAUGUUAGUGCUGGAAGAAUUUUGAGGAAUAUGUGCACUUACAGUGGCCCAGAGUCCUUCAACCAGCUAAAGGAAGUAACAGCAGCGGCACCAACAGUUCUCAAGGCAAUCUUGUCAGGAGAAGGCAAACUCCAAGAGGUGAUGGUUGGGUUAGCAGUGCAUGCUUUCAAGUUCAUGACGGCAGAAGAAUCGACCGCCUUCUUUGAGCAGGCAGGGUUUAGAGAAGCCAAAUUAGCUUGUGCUUUGGUCGAGAUCCUGAGGAGCCACCGGAACCCACAUAUAAAGGUGCCGAGAAUGAGAAGGUUUGCUAUCGAGCUGGCAAUCUGGAUGAUGAGAGAGAAAUCGACAAAUGUGCAGAUCUUCAGGGAUCUGGGCAUGGAGGAGGAGCUUGAAGGAGUCAUGGAUACAACAUCAGAGCUAGAGAGCUACAACAUUUUCUCUGGCACCUUUGGACUAAGCAGGCACAGCACGACCAUUCACUCACUUGUUGAGACCGCACUGAUGCUGCUGAAUAACAGGUUUGAUCAACCGAUAGGUUACUCAGCACAUGUCAAAUUAUCCAACAAAUGAGAAACAUGAAGCGAUGCUAGAAUACACAUUUCAUUCGCUAAUUCCAGAAGCAAAGAAAUAAAGGUAAUUGCUUCUUUAGCAACUCCCUUAAGUCCGAUGAAAUGCUUCUGAAAGUUAUAACAAUGUUUAUUUGUUUCACACGGAGUUUGUGUGUCAUGUGACGCACCGCAUGUACUACUACCAAAACAUAUGAAUAUGAAUACAUACACCCAAGCAAUUUUUGCUUUACGAUUCAACUCUUGAACAUUCAAGCAUCCGAGUGUUGCAUAUCCCCUAAUUCUGAGCUCCCUACUUCUGCUAUUAAAAGACAGGAUUUCCCCUUCCAAAUCUUUUUCAACUUAGCAGCUACUCAAAUACUUAAGACGGCAUAAUCCAGUGCAGUCAUUCCAUAAUUUCAAACGCCUACACCAAGAUCAAGAAUCCCAGAAGGCAAUUCAUCAGGCAACAGAAGUAGACAAAAAGAAAAAGAAAGAACCCAUUGCUUACUUUGUGACGGCUUUAGAAGGACAUCUCGCAAUGAACCCAUAAAUUAUCUGCACUACACUCUGAAACCCCUUAAUUAGGAUGAGAACCGAAGAACCAAAGAAAAAUGGGAACUUGCAGUUGAACAGCUGACUCCACAAAGCAAAAGCGAAUGAAACUAAGAUCGUAAUCUACGCGAUUCGACAUUCGUGUGAUGGACAUCAGGGAGUUUUGGAGCUGAGACGAGCGAGGGUUCAGCGUCUGGAUGGUGAGCGAGAUCAGUCACUGUGAAUUGCGAAGAUGGAAAAACUAGAAAUGGUGGAGGGGAAGGAAGGAAACGGAACGAAAGUGAAUUGAAACUGUUGACCCUGCACAAGAAAUUACAAAAGAAAUUAUAUGUAUAUAUAUAGAGAUUACCCCCUUCCAUUCUUUCACUCUUUCAGUUGUCCACUCCCUUCUUUUAUGCUCACUAUUAAAUUUUCAGAAUUGUCCCUACUUGCUCUCUCUCUUGAGCUCACCUACUAUGCAUACAUAUUCAUUUUCUUUCGAUGCAUAAUUACUUUAUUAUGUGUGCGCAAGCAACGGUAGCUGCCAGGGGUGAGCAGCGGUCUAGGGUUGACCCUGGAUCAACCAUGGACCGGCCCAACCCUGUCGAUCCUGGUCCGGUUCCCAAGGGGACUGUAUCGGUUCUUGGUCCUGAAAUUCCAGGACUAAUACUGUGUGGGUUAGUCCUCGGUCCUAAGAGUUUUGGUGAGGUGGCUGAAGGAGACACUGUCGAGAGGCAAUGAAAAGCUGCUCUGUGUACCUUUUAUGCCUUGGCUUUGUCAGACACUCUGGUCGUCUUGACAGAGAAAAUUUACUGGCAGUGGAAGGUUGUCAUCUGUAAGCUUCUCGAACGGGUGAACGAGGAAUGCGAUUUGGGGGCUUUGGGUAUUUUGACAUGGAGAUUUUUCUAUGACUCCUAUUCAAAAUGUAUUAAUGGGAGCAUUUUUUAUGGCCUGGGAAUGGAUUUGGUCACUUUUGCUAUGGAUCUCUUAUGUUCAAACUCGCUGGAUGAGCAGCUGAUAGGAGCCAGGAUUCUUCACUGGUUCUCUACGAAAGAACAGUUUUCAGAUGACACGCUUCAGAAGAUCGGAACAACUCUGCCAGUCAUACAGAGACUGGUGGAGUUCUUGAACUGGAAAGACCCACAAGAGGAAGAAAUCAGGCUAUCAGCUGCAGAAAUAGUUUCCAAAUUAGCCGGGGAGAAGCAAAACUCCCUUCGCAUUGCUGGAAUUCCCAGGGCAAUGGAAUCGAUAUCAUCUCUUCUCUCAACAAAUGGAAGCCCCAGUUCUGCAGCAGACAAAAUUGGCGAACAGAAAAUCAUCUUUGACCAUGAAGACUAUGGAUACUGGAUUUCCAAUAAUUUGGGACUUCUCAUUCUGAAGAAACUAGCUCAUGAUCAUGGUAACUGUGGAAAAAUUGGAAACACAAGGGGCCUUCUUUCCAAAAUCAUAGAUUUCACUCGUGGUGACAAAAGAAUAUUGAAGGACUCAACCAUUACCACAUCGCAGGUUUUGACUGUUAAAAGAUCCCUUCUGGUUAUAAAGAAGCUGGCAAGCACAACAGGUACCAUAGGAAAAAAAUCUCUGGAGAGAGAUCUCAGAGAUAGUCUACACCAUAAGCAAUAUAAGAGAUAUACUACGACAUGGAGAGAAACAACCAGAACUUCAGAAACUAGGGAUUGGGAUCCUUACCAAUUUAGCACAAGACAACAAUGCGACAGAAAAGAACUGUUAAAGAUUUUCUUCCAAGGAGGGCCAGAAAAUCAAAGGGAUGUGAGGAUUGUGGCCGGAGAAGCACUGGCAAUGCUGGCUUUCGAGAGCAAGAGUAACUGUCACUGCAUCUUGAAGUUAAAUGUAGUGGAGAAGCUCCUAAAAGCAUUGGAGAUUCCGCUUCUUCAUGUUAAUGCUGGAAGAAUUUUGAGGAAUCUGUGCACUUACAGUGGGCCAGAGUCCUUCAACCAGCUAAAGGGAGUAACAGCAGCGGCACCAACAGUUCUCAAGGCAAUCUUGUCAGGAUAAGGCAAACUACAAGAGGUGAUGGUUGGGUUAGCGGUACAUGCUUUCAAGUUCAUGACAGCAGAAGAAUUGACUGCCGUCGAGAGGGCAGGGUUUAGAGAAGCCAAAUUAGCUUGCGCUUUGGUCAAGAUCCUGAGGAGCCACUGGAACCCACAUAUAAAUGUUCCAAGAAUGAGAAGGUUUGCAAUCAAGUUGGCAAUCUGGAUGAUGAGAGAGAAAUCAACAAAUGUGCAGAUCUUCAGGGAUCUGGGUAUGGAGGAGGAGCUUGAAGGAGUAAUGGAUAUGACAUCAGAGCUAGAGAGCUUCAAUAUUUUCUCUGGCACCAUUGGACUAAGCAGGCACAGCACAACCAUUCACUCACUUGUUGAGACCGCACUUAUGCUGCUGAAGAACAACAUGAUUGAUCAAACAAAAGAUUACUGACACAGUGAUGAUGCCAAAAUAUCCAACAAAUGGAAAACAUGAAGGCAUGCCGGUUCAUUCUCCAAUCCCAGAUGUAAAGAAAUAAAUGUAAUUGCUUCUUUGGCAACUCUGUCCCACAUAAGUAUGAUGAAAUGCUUCCGAAAGUUAGCACCUUCCUUAUUUGUUUGCACAGGUUUUGUGCGAUUAACAGCACACCACAAGUACUGCUACCAAAACAUAUGCAAAAUGUGUACAUAGACCACAUUCUUAUAAUUUACAUUUCAACUCCUGUACAUUCAAGCA